CGCAACGAGGAACUCCAUGCAGGCUGCCCCGGAUGCUUGCUUGAACGGAAACACCAUAUCUCCGGCCUAGCUUUAAACUAUACUGCACUCUAUAUAACGGUCCCAAGAGCCCAUAGCUAAUAUCAAUAAAGUAAAUUAACCACUUUAUGAACGAGUACAUACUUUGGGUGCUUGCAUUGCUCCUAUGCUGGAAAGUCGCAUGGAUCAUCAUAUACUACACUAGUGGCCUAUAUGUGGGAUAUGUAUCCAUCAAUAACGGGGUGCUGCUCAAUAAUUUCAAGCUUCACCGCGGUAUCCAGAUUUCUGCCUCGUCCGUCAGAUGGAGGCUAUGGGGAAAUACCAAAAAAGUUGUCAUCUCAGACCUCAAUGUGAUAGUACCGCUGCGAGUUGGAACCGUGAAGUCGAAACCUCGGGGAAGGACCAUGUCGGACUCACCCAUCACCAUCUUUCCAUCCUCGAAGCUUUCAAAAUGGGCCAUCAAGUCUCUUCUUUUCAUAGUCAGGAGGGUGGACUUAGAGCUCAAAGACCCACGUUUUGGCCUUGAGAAGUUCGUAGCAGAUGCAAAAUCACUUCUGUUUGUCUUUCAUUCUCAGAAAUCUCUAGAGAGCUCAAGCAUCCGUGACAUUCACUGCCUGGCUUCCGCCUUACAAGCUCGUGUACGCCUUCUGCAUUCAGGAGCCCAGACCAGUCUCUUGCGCAUUGGAACGUUGUCCACUUUGUUAUCUACAUCCGUGAAUACACAUAAUGGGUUGCUAUCAAACGUGGUAACAAAACUCUACGUUGACGAAGCUGAGCUCAAUAUGUUGCACAUCAUAAGAACUUUAGUUACUUCUUUGGAAUCCUGUUCACGUGGCGGGUCGAACACGCCCACUACAAAGGUGUCUUUGGAGUCUAAGUUGAGCCGAUUUACGACAAUCCACAGGAAAUUUUCACCAUGCUUCAAAGAAUGCUCAAUCAACAUUGUAAGCUUCUGCGCACAGGAUAUACCCGUGAUUCCCUCAGUUUCUGAUUGCAGUCUCUCGGAGUAUCUUAAUCUGCUAACGGCUGGUGACAUAAUGUACACAUCAGUAGACGCAGCAUCAAUUCACUUCCAAAGAUUGCUACCCACUUCUGCUGGGUUCGACAUUCAUUUCAGCUCGGCACAGGACUUGCCAAUACAUAUCACAUUUUCUUCGCUGCUUUUUAAGGCAGGUUUUGAGUGGAGGGAGGCCAUAGGAGAUUUUUCAUCGUCUUAUGGGUCCCGGAACGAGCUUAUUUCCAUACCGAACUUUAGCUUCACGUUAAAAACAAACGCAGCAAGACAUUUGGUUGAUGGCUUUGGCUUCAAAAACUCAAUAUUCGAAAUUUUUCUGUCAGUGAAUAGUCCCACGUUAGACAUCGAUCACCAUCAACUAGCUAUUCUUGCUCAUAACUUCACGGUAUGGGGAAAAAUUAUCACUGAACGAAAAUUGCGUCAGAAGAUCUAUGAUAAACAUCAUGAAAAUCUGCGUCUUUCUGCUUCAAAAACUGUCUCAGGGGACGAGCGAAGAAAUAUACGAGUGAAUAAUACGCAAAAUUCACCGAGCCAGUCUUGCGCUCCCCAAACUUUACGCAAAGAUCUGAUGUUUGAUAGAGCAAUAGUCCUUUUGAAAGAUUAUUUUCCUAAAUUGAAUGCUAAAGUUACUGUUGAGCAACCAAGAGUAUUGAUUCGGGUACAGAAUCCGGAUCUGGCAUUUGUACAAAUGCUCAUGGUUUCGUACUCCCUAAUGGUAGUCCAUAUCCUGACAACGAAAAAGCGGGACUACAAUAUUGAAUGCCAAUUUAUUCAUCCCAAUGUGACUUUUAGCGAAAAAUCUGAUAUGAGCUGCUUUACUGAUGUUCUUCAUGUAGAAAUAUGCGGCUUAGGAGAUGCAAAUUUGAAGUUUCAUAUCAUGAAAGACCUAAAAAUAAAAACCAAAGUACAGAUUAAUGGUUCAUACAUUGAUUUGACAAAGCCUGAUGUGUUAAAUGGUCUUCAUGAUAUUAUUGAUCAAACGAGUUGCAGUAUUACGAAAACUUUCAAUCUGUGUCUGAUGAAUGCUCGAUAUGAUCAAACCAUUCAUGAGCUCAGAAAUCAAGUAACAGCUAUCUGUGAACAACAAGGAGAAAAAAGCGGCCAUGAUCUCCAAACAUUUUUAUUCAGGUACAUACCUUCUUGGCUCGUGAGUUUCGAUUUUAAGCUCCUGAAUAUUGAGCUACGAGUUGGUUCUGCUUCACCUUUGCUCCCACUGGACUAUAUUUCAGAACUUUCUAACUUGGUCAACAAAACUUUUGAUCAAACAGAUCGUGUUGUAUGUCUCGAAAUGAGUGAUCUCACAAUCAGUGUAGACGAUCGUUGUGCUUUGCGAUCAAAAUCUUUCCAGCCUGUGGUACUGUCCUCGUUUGCGUCAACUAUCCCGCAGAUGUCGUCUCAAGACUUGAUUGAAAGUUACUGGUCUGUUUCUUCAGAAAUCUCAAACCUCAAAUUGAGUUUUAUCAAUGAAUCCGAGCGCUCACCUAUUAUAUCAUUGCCUUCCAUAAGACACAACACCAAUGCUCUAUCAAGAAAUUCAAAAGAUGAGCUCUCACAAGAAGUCACUAUAAAAUUAGUUGAUAUAAACUUCGACAGGCAAAAAUUGUUUGUUAUGAUUGGACUGAUUUACCUUAUAAAUGAAACAGUCGUGAUGCCUUUGAAAAAGCUUCACCUGAGAAUAAAAAAAGAGACACAUACUCUCAAACCUGUCUCUAAAUCUUACAGUAAGCGACAUUUAUUGGACUACACCACUUUGAGCUUUAAGAUAGAAAAUGUUGAUUUCGUAUUGUCUCUUUCGACUGAAUUCAAAGUCAGGCUACAGUUUUACACAUCACGAAUUGGUUAUUCGAAUGGCAUUGUCACUGUUACCAACAAGUUUUUGAGAGCUAUGGUGAUUUCUUCCUCAUUGGCUGGACACUGGGAUCGUGUGCUAUGCGUCGAUUCUCUUCAUGCGAAGAUCGGUGAUACCACGGAGGACUAUCCAAUUAAUUUGCUGACAAGCGCAAUUAGGUUUAUUCAGCCUCAUGGAUUUGUCGUUUACAAAUUGUUCGACAACUUAUCCGUGUUUCUUAAGAUUGCGAAACACCUUGUGAGCUGCUUUCGACGUCAAAAAAAAGAAACCUUUGUGUUUCCAACAGAAUCCAAACCCGUGGUGUCUGUUGGAAUAAAAUUGACAAGUGCCAAAAUAUCAUUAAAUAUUGAAGAUGAUCCGUUUGAAAGCGAGUUGAAUAUGAUAUAUCAACUUGGUUUGGUGGAGCAACGCAAACGCCUUGAACAUUUGAACAUACUCGACGAGCAAUGCAGACAAAAGCUCUUAUCGGAAACUGAUUGCAGUGCUGCAUUUUCAUCACUUCAAAAAGCUUUCGAGAGGCUGUGGAUCAGAAAAGUUGAAACUUACAAAGAAGAGCUCAGCAGAGAAGUCUCGGAGAACAAAAAAUACUUAUUCGGUGAUGAACUUGAUGUGAGUUCAUUCAAGUAUGAUAAACUCAGGCCAUAUCCCCUUCAUGCGCCGCUUUUGAGCGUGUCGUUGAUUGGUGUCCAAUUGAAUAUUUUGAAACCAGAAUUUUCUUUGCAGAAUUUACCAGACUUUCUCUACCAACAUGGGCAAGGUGUUCCUCGUGGGACAAGAUAUAAUUUGAUGAUUCCAACUUUCAUCAAAUUGAAUUUAGAAGAACUUAGAAUGCACUUAAGAGAUUAUCCGUUGCCGCUACUCCACUUGCCAUAUUCCAAAAAUCACAGUGAUCAUGGCACAGCCCUCAGCAUGAGUGGUCAUUUAAUCAUUUGUGAAGCACUUGUUCUCGAUAAAGCACACCUAAGAACGCUCGAGGUUGAACUUACAGAUAAAUCCAACAAGACAAACCGUGAGACGACUUCAUUCGACAAAUUGACUAUUCAGAAGUCCCUCUCCACCGUCAAACUCUACACAGACAUGAACAUUGUAUUUGGUUCAGCUCAGCCGUCCCGAUUUGUUUGGGGCCAAUCGUAUCAAUUCGGAAUUCAGCAAAUUAUGCUCACUGUUGAUCAAUUUUCAAAACCUCCCGUGGACAUUUCCCCAAAAUUGGGGUUUUGGGACAAGCUAAGGUUGAUAAUCCAUGGUAAAAUUUCCAUCCGGACAGGUUACUCUGCAAGUAUUGAGGUCGCAUUCAAGGGUGGAAAAGACCCGUACGAUCUUUUUGGUGAGUCAAACGGCUUUAUCUUGGGGUUCAGGGAUUCAGUCGUGUGGAACAUUAAUCAGGCCGAUGACUCGUCCGACUUAUUCAAUAUUGUUGCUGAUAAAUUAUCCUGGUACAUUCCAAAUUAUCCGUCAACAAAGCUAGUGUGUUGGUCCAGAGACAGCUCAAAAGCAGUUCACCUUCCUAGUGAGAAAUCAUUCAUCACUUCUUGUUAUGGGUUCUACUUGGGGCGAACUGACUCAAAUCCUGUCGUAAAAGACACCGGCUGUUGCGAAAAGCGGGUAGUAGAAUUGAGUGGGGGGAUAAAGUUUUCUGUGGGCUUUCUCCUUGAGCGUUUUUCCACAGGCGAAAAUGAGUUUUCAACAACAGGGAAACCACACUUUGAAGUUGAGCUCCACAACCCGGAAUUCACAAGUAUAGAUCAUGAUUCUUUCGAGGGUUUCCGAUCAGACAGACUUCAUAUGGCAAUUGCCUUGAAGGCUUACACUAAAAAUAGCUACAACACAAUUCACUUGAGUCCCGGUGUCAUGAAGCAAUUCUUUUCUUGGUGGAAAAUCUUUCAGGGAAAUAUGAUGCUCCCAAUUCGCAAGGGCAGGCUAUUUGGGGAGAAGAAGAGCUCACAGAAAUUCUCUAAACAUCUUUUCUCAAAUAAAUUUCUUUUUGAUAUUGGAAAUUUGUUUAUCGGGCACAUAAUCCAAAAGCUUGAAUCAGAGGUGCAGAACGACUAUUAUUCCUGUGUUGGAUUACGGGCAAAGGUUGAACAUUUUUUAGUUGACCUUCACCAAAAGAAGGAAGAAAUAAUUGAUGUUCAUAAAGACUUGUCACGACGAAAGAAAGUCAUGAAAAUGCGCUUUAAUUUGGGUCAGGUUUCACUCAAAAACAUUGACCUACGAUCCAUCUCUGCUAUAUUCUUUCGUGACAUCUACCAGCAGGGGCAAGGGCAGAAAAACCAAAGCCAACCGCUGAAAGUCCUCCUAGAGAUUUUUGACAAUGACGACGAGUGGCUUGACGUGAGAGAUUAUGUCGAAUGUUUCAGACCAUUAAUUGGCGACUUAAAAUCUGCAAAGAUCUUACCUCUUCUUUAUUCUGAGGAAUUUGUCUAUAUGAGAGACACAACAAAUGGCAUAAACCUCGAACACAAAUCUGGAACUAAGAUGCAUAAAUGCAACCUAGAUCUUACAGAUUACAAGUCAUCUGAAAUCCAGCUUUACAAGCGAAGAGUCAAACAAUUGUCAGGGUUGCCUUCCCUGCAAAAGAAUCACGAAGAGUUUCGGGUAUCAAAACGAAUUGAGGUUUUAAAUGCUUUGAUGGCCAGUUGCAAAUCAGAUCGAAGAAAUUUUGCGCGUAGUGAUAGCUUUAAUGUGCUUGAACUGAAGAAAGAAGAAAGCUUUCAUAAUAGGUUUCUUCUUGUGUCGAUGUUUUUGAAGUGGAAUGAACAAGUUCGCAAUCAACUAAUGAAGUAUAUUCAUUUUGUUCAUUUGAACAGCAGCCACAAGAAGUUUUUGUCAUUUGGUUUCAUGAGCAUUCUUGAGGGGCUCAUUGAGAAUCAGAAUAUGCCAAUUGAUGAACUCUCUCUCGCGACGUCGUUUUCCGAACUGUUGAACCGAGAGAGUGUAGACUCCGAGACUCCUGAUGAAAAUCAAAGUUCUCAAAAGAGGUAUGACAACUUCGAUAAAAUCAUUCAUCAGACCACUUUGUUGGAGGACAUUGUGGAAAACUACAAAAUUGAAAUUGUCUCGCCACAAAUACAGCUACAUUCCGAAGAGCUGAAAGACUCAGUCAUAAUAGUAACGGCACCUUGCCUAGAGGCUAAAAUUGUUUCUGUUGUAACAAAGAAAGAAAAUCAGCCUCUCAAUGAUCUCGAUGUCAUGGAAAAACGGUACGGAGUCAUUUUGCAUGAAGCUAGUUUAAUGGUUAUUGACGAAAAAGAUGUGAAGACGAAUCCAUAUGCAUUCGAAACAACACCAUAUGGAACUCAAACAAAAUGGCCCCCUUUUUUGGGAGUUGAAACUUGUAAAAGACAAGAUUUAGCAUCUCCAGAUACCUUGCUUGCUCAGCAGAUGUCCGUAAUGUUGACUUUUGAUCAGCCUUUAGCAUCAAGCUGCGAUACAAUGGAUACGACAGAAAAUGUUGCUCGCAGUGAGAGAAGCAUCAACAUGUCUCGAAAUGCGGCUGAUAAGCUAAAGAUUGACAUUCCACGAAUUUCUAUCAACUGUACAUCAAAACAGUAUUUCAGCCUUUAUGCUACAAUUCUGAGCCUCAUGCUAUAUAUUGAGCCCUUGGCUGCGGAACUAAGAGAAAGAGUAAGAAAACUUAAUUUUUCUAUUGACUUUCAAGACUUUCGUGCACUUCGAGAUCGACUCGAAGAUUUAUACGAAUAUGUUGGGAUCACAAAAGAACUCCUCAAAAACUACAGCUUUCGACAAAAAAGUUUUCUUGAUAAUGAAAGCUUGAAUGAUUACUUACUCUUGGCAGAUAAAAAAGCCUCAUUUGAAAUGGAAAUUGUGUUGAUGCUACAGAUACUCUUUCUGGGAGAUAUUGCCAGAGGCUCGUUAUCACGUGUCGUUCAAGAUUGGCGAAUAGCGGCGGAUGAUAUUACAAUCCGCAUGUUGAAUGAUGAUCGGAGCCAUAUUAUCGAUUUGACCAUUGAUCGUGGCGUAUACAAACGUGCCGUGAAGGACGAUGGGUCUAAUGAUAAUCGUAUCGAAAUAAUGAGUAUCAAUGGCCGCAGUCUUCUGUCGAAUUCUCGAUUCAAAAACUUUUUGGAACCAAUUGAGCCCCCUAAAGAUCAUCACUUAGUCACAAUUGACUGGUCCAUGAAUAAGUCCGUCGGAGGAAUAAAAAUCAUCGACAAUUUUGAUAUAAGCUCGCUUCCGCUAAAUGUCAAAAUAGAAGAAGAAACCGGAAGACUGCUUAUUCGGUUCCUCUUCCGUCAAAACAAAAGCCGGGACUUGAGCCGCAGUCCGGUCAUGGGAGUUAAAAAAGGAUCCCGAGGCAAUGUUAACACCUCACCGGACAAAUUCAAUGUGGAAUAUGCACUGUGCGAUGAAAUAAAACUGAAUGGCAAAAAGUCAACAUUUUCAAAGGGCUCAGACAAAAAUAUUUCGAGUAAAGAAUCCUCUCUAGCCACGAGCUCAAAGACAGACCUUGACGAAGACUUGAACUCUAUGAUAUCGAGAUCAAAAAAGUAUUUGAGCAUUGCCAAGUUGACAUCUCACCUGUUUGAGGUGAUGAUAACCUUGCGGAUGAAAAAUGGAUUAAAAAGGUGGCUCAACGUUACUAAUUUCCUUUUGGUAUUGCCACGAUGGGAGAUCCAGAGAAAGGUGUUGUCACUAUUUGAAGUUGUGGAUUUCUUCAAGUCUGUUGUCGUCAGAUCAUUAAUGAGCCACUCUUUAAGGAUUUUGCGAAACAAAGUCACAACAAGACUGAAUAAUCUUCGGCGGUACAAAGCUUUUUUGAGAAACAUACACAUGCUGUCUUUAUCUCUCCCUCUCGAGCCUGCAAAUCCUAACACAGUCCAUGAAUGUUCAAAAAGCUCGAAGUGACAACGAAAUAGUGACGCCAAGAAUGAUAGUCGUUCUCUCUGAUAA